CCACCCAGAGAUGCAAAGUUUCCUCUGCUUUACAUUGAGGAUCCGAAAACGAAUCGCAUUAUGCAAUGGCAGGAUAUCAACACAGAGCAUGGGCUUAAGCAACUGUCCUUCAGCCUGUCAUCAGAGCCCAUUCAGGGCUCCUACAAGAUAGUGAUACUAAAACAAUCGGGAGAGAAGACGGAACACUCCUUCACUGUGGAGGAAUUUGUGCUCCCCAAAUUUGAAGUACAAGUAAAGGUUCCAAAGGUCAUCACUACAGAGGAUGAAAAAAUGAAUGUGAUUGUGUGUGGAAAGUAUACCUAUGGGAAGCCUGUUCCAGGGCAUGUGAAGAUAUGCAUAUGCCGUAGAUAUCAUCAUUUUCUACAUGGCUUUGAAAAAGUGUUAGAGGAUGGCUGUAAGGAAGACAGCUAUCAGCUAGAUAACAAUGGCUGUAUCACACAAGAAAAAAACAUCAGUGAAUUUGAAUUAAACCAAACACGUUAUGAAGUUAAUAGUCUUCAUGUGAAAGCCAUAGUUACAGAAGAAGGGACAGGUUUUGAAUUCACUGGAUCUGGGACAACUAAAGUCACAAGAACCAUAACGAAAGUUGUAUUUGUGAAAGUGGAUCCACACUUUAGACAUGGGAUUCCAUUCUUAGUAAAGGUACGUCUAGUAAAUGCGAAAGAAGGUCCUAUCCCAAAUGAGCAGGUCUUCAUCAGGGCAAUGUAUGCUGACUACAAAGAAAGUGCUAUCACUGAUCAGCAUGGCCUGGCAGAGUUCUCUAUCAACACCACAAACAUCACGGAUUCCUCCCUCAUUAUCAGAGUCUACCACAAGGAACAGAGUCCUUGUUUCUAUUUUCGUUGUAUGACAGAAACACACGUAGAAGCUUAUCACGAGGCUUACCGCGUUUUUUCCUUCAGUAAGAGCUAUAUUCAUCUUCAAACUGAACCCGGUGUCCUGCCUUGUGGCCAAAUUCAUACAGCCCAAGCACAUUUCACUCUGAAUGGGCAGAUUCUGGGGGAGCUGAGAGAGUUUGUCUUUUACUACCUGAUCAUGGCCAAGGGCAGCAUCAUUCAGACUGGAACCCACACUCUCCACAUGGAGCCAGGAGAAUUAAAAGGUCACUUUGGCCUGGAAAUCCCUGUGGAUGCACGCAUGGCCCCCAUUGCUCAAAUGCUCAUCUAUGCCAUCUUACCUGAUGGAGAAGUGAUUGCAGAUGUUGCAAAAUUUGACAUUGAAAAGUGUCUUCUCAACAAGGUGGAUCUGAGCUUCAGCCCUGCGCAGAGUCUUCCCGCCUCACAGGCCCACCUGCGCAUCACAGCUUCUCCUCUGUCCCUCUGCGCUCUGCAGGCUGUGGACCAAAGCGUGCUCCUCCUGAAGCCUGAGGCUGAGCUGUCCCCAUCCUGGGUACAUAAUCUGCCAGCUAUGGAGCACAUUAACUUCAUUCCACCUAUAAAUCAACUACCCGAAGACCAAGAACAUUGUGUAAGGAGUAAACGUAUGCCUGAUGAUAAAUUAGGAUACACGAUGUCACACAAAAAUGAAAAGGAUGUCUACAGAUACAUGGAGGACAUGGGCUUAAAGGCGUUCACUAACUUGAAGACCCAUCAUCCUCUAUUAUGUCUUGACUAUGCGUUGUUCCCAGUGUCAGCACCUUUAAUAUUAUAUGAUGAAGAGUUUUUAAGAGAAAUAAAUGAAGAUACACACACAGUAGUACAUGAAGAUACACCCACCGAGACUGUACGAAAGUAUUUUCCUGAAACCUGGAUCUGGGACUUGGUCAUGGUGAACUCAUCAGGAGUGGCUGAAGUGGGAGUGACAGUCCCUGACACCAUCACUGAGUGGAAGGCCGGGGCCCUCUGCCUGUCUAACGACAAUGGACUUGGCCUCUCUCCCACGGCCUCUCUCAGAGCCUUCCAGCCAUUCUUUGUGGAGCUCACGAUGCCCUACUCUGUGGUCCGUGGAGAAACCUUCACACUCAAGGCCACUGUGGUGAACUACCUUCCCACGUGCAUCCGGGUGAGUGUGCAGCUGGAAGCCUCUCCUGAUUUUGAGGCUGUUCCAGUAGGAAAAGCCCAAGAUUCUUACUGCAUCUGUGCCAGUGGGAGGUUCACUGCAUCCUGGUUGGUAACUCCCAAAUCACUAGGGAACGUGAAUUUCUCUGUGACUGCAGAAGCACGACAGUCCCCAGAGCUCUGCGGUGCUGAGGUGGCCACAGUUCCUGAAACUGGGAAGAAAGACACAGUGGUCAAAGCCCUGGUGGUUGAGCCUGAAGGAAUUAAGAAAGAGCACACAUUCAACUCCCUUCUCUGUGCAUCAGAUUCUGAUCUAACCGAAAAACUGUCCCUGAAGCUCCCACCAACAGUAGUGAAAGAUUCAGCCAGAGCCUACUUCUCUGUUUUGGGUGAUAUCUUAGGUUCAGCUAUUAAAAACAUACAGAAUCUUCUGCACAUGCCCUAUGGCUGUGGAGAGCAGAACAUGGUCCUUUUUGCUCCUAACAUCUAUGUACUGAAAUACCUGAAUGAAACCCAACAGCUGACUGAGAAGAUCAAGUCCAAGGCCAUUGGCUAUCUCAAUGCUGGUUAUCAGAGAGAGCUGAACUACAAACACCAGGAUGGCUCAUACAGUGCCUUUGGGGAUAAAGAUGGCAAGAGUCAAGGAAACACAUGGCUUACAGCCUUUGUGCUCAAGUCUUUUGCCCAAGCUCAAGCCUUCAUCUUCAUCGAUGAAACACACGUCACUCAUGCCCUCGCCUGGCUCUCCAAUCAGCAGAAAGUCAAUGGCUGCUUCAGGAGCUCCGGAUCUCUGUUCAACAAUGCCAUGAAGGGUGGAGUAGAGGAUGAUGUGACCCUGUCUGCUUAUAUCACCAUCGCCCUUCUGGAAAUUCCACUUCCUGUCACACAUCCUGUUGUCCACAAUGCCCUGACCUGCCUGGAGUCAGUCUGGGAGUUGGCACAGCAGGGGCCUCAUGGCAGCCAUGUCUACACCAAAGCGCUGUUGGCCUAUGCUUUUGCUCUGGCAGGGAACCAAAAGAAAAGAAAUGAAAUACUGAGAUCCCUUGAUGAGGCAGCGGUGAAGGACGGCAACUUUGUUCAUUGGGAAAGACCUCGGAAACCCAGCACACUAGCAGGACAGUUGUAUGAACCCCAGGCUCCCUCUGCUGAGGUGGAGAUGGCGGCCUACGUGCUCCUCUCUCACCUCACCACCCAGCCAGCCCCAACCCUAGAGGACCUGACUGCCAUGGUCCCCAUUGUGAAGUGGAUCACAAAACAGCAGAAUUCCCACGGUGGCUUCUCCUCCACCCAGGACACCGUGGUGGCUCUCCACGCUUUGUCCAGAUAUGAAGCAGCCACUUUUGCUGGACAUCAUAAACCUUCUUCACUGACCAUUCAGUCUUCAGGGACGUUUUCCAGAAACUUCCAAGUGGAGAAUAGUAAUCGACUGUUACUACAGCAGGUCCCAUUGCCAGACAUUCCUGGGGAGUAUGACAUAAACUUGUCAGGGGAAGGAUGUGCAUAUUUUCAGGCUACACUGAAAUACAAUGUGUACUUGGAGAAGCAAGAGUCUGCAUUCACUCUACAGGUACAGACAGUACCACAGACUUGUGAUGGCCCCAAAGCCCACACCAGCUUCCAGGUCUCCUUAGAAGUCAGCUACACGGGGAGCCGUCCAGUCUCCAACAUGGUGAUUGUUGAUGUAAAGAUGGUAUCUGGUUUUAUUCCACUAAAACCCACAGUGAAAAAGCUUGAAAGAUCAAGCCAUGUGAGCAGAACAGAAGUGAGCAGCAACAACAUCUUGAUUUACCUGGAUCAGGUUACCAACCAGACACUGAACUUCUCCUUCACCGUUCAACAAGACAUCCCUGUAAGAAACCUGCAACCAGCUCUAGUGAAAGUCUAUGACUACUACGAGACAGACGAAGCAGCUUUUGCUGAAUACAGCGCCCCCUGCAGCACAGACCCAGCACGAGACAAUUUUUGACACUUAUAUCUGAGAACAUGAAACCUCAAAUCUCCAAACCCAGAAACUUUAGGAGGAUUAUUUUGUCUCUAAAAUACAGAUAAUAAACAACCAUAGUAAAUAAAUACUUUUUUCAUUGAGUA